AUGCACGUCCACGUUCCUUCUGCUGCUUGCUGCUUCCUGUUCCGGUUUGUGCUCGGACGAGGAAGCGAUGCCGGGCUGGUGCCCGUGCCGGAUGUGCGCGGCGAGUCUGACACCCGUGGAUGGUACAUCUCUGCCGGCGCCCUGCUUCGCGCUCCCGGUGAUGCAGCGGCGGCGCUGGUGCGGACUAUGUCGCGGUAUGCCCGUCAGCAGGUACAGCUGCCGCCUGCAGGGCUCGAUGUCGACGCCAUUGUCGAGAGCCAGGCCGCGUUUGUCACCGACAUCCUUGGCCAUGCGCUCGAGCGCGAGUGCGUGCUCCCGCUGAGAGAGCCGACAGCUCUCCCGAGCCAUCCUGGUGACGAGCCGCCCAUAUCGCUGAUGGGGGUGGUGGCCGAUGCCAGCGCGAGCACCAUCCCGCCACAUGUGCCUGUCCUGGAUCCCGCUCUCUUUGGGCCCAGCGACCGCCUCGACGCUGUCAUGGAUGCCUCGCCGGCGGCCGCCGCCCUCCUUCUGGCCUCGCCACAGACCGACCGGCUUUGGCGCGAGGCCCACAAGCUUGGCCUCAUCCGUGCUGCUGACUCGAUCUAGCUGUGGAGCAGUGUGACACGCAUCCUGUGUGUGCUAUGCUGUACUCGUGGGACACUCGUCAUCCGGCCUUGACUUUGCCCGGCGGCGGCGCGCGCGGUGCGGUAGCCGCAGCUGCAAGGAACGCGCACGCACCAACGGCCGCCACUACCCAUGCCGUUGUCGGCGAGAGCGCAAAGAGCGCAAACGAUCCGCCAAACGCAGCUUCAACCUGAGGCAUCGCAGUGUUAGCGGCGAGCGCUGCAUAAGCGAUCCAGCGGAGCGGGACCACCAGCCAC